AUGACGGAGAACCAUCGGGUUCCGCCGCAAUGGCACGAGAGAAGGGAUGGAAUCAUUGGGAUCGAGAUACCAGCCAGCCAAAGUCUAGCUCUCCCUAACCGGCAAACUCGAACGCCGUCGAGUCGAGUAAAUGGUGUUCCUAUCAUGAGAAAAACGGAUUCCAAGGAUUUACGCACAUUUCUGAAGCGGAAGGCCGAAAUGAUCAAUUCCAAAGCCGAAGACUUGCGCGCCAAGCUUAGUCAGCCCAAGCAACAUGAUUUUCGACCGUGCCUCGAAGCGAAACGACAAGCGCAACAGGAAUUGAUAAAGGUUACGAACACCCCGCACCUCAACGUCAUAAUGGGUGGUUCACCUCCUUGCGGGGACUCGGUCACAAAGGUUCUCGUCGACACAGGCAGCUCAGUCGACCUUAUCUUUUGGGACACGCUCGACAAGAUGGGAGUCAACCUGCGAGACAUGAAGCCCUCCUCACGCACUCUCACGGGAUUCAAUGGUUCCUCAGAACAGAUGAUUGGGACAAUUCGUAUCCCAGUUUACGUAGGUGAUGUAACCCGCACUGUUAAGGUCUCGGUUAUCAGGGCUAGGGUGCCCUACAACGCAAUCCUCGGAACGCCGUGGUUACACUCCAUGAAAGCCAUUCUCUCCACCUAUCACCAAUGCGUUAAGUUCCCUGGGAAAGAUGGAACGACGCAGACGAUUCGCGGGGACCAACGGGCUGCGAGAGAGCUACUUAUUGCCGCAGUCAAGCUACAACAAUCACCUUCUCUCGUCAACGCAGUCACCAAACCAAUACAUAAGAUCUACCCUCAGAAGGAAGAAGUCCACGAGGUUCCCAUCGAUGAAGCUGACCCAUUGAAGGUCGUGCGCAUUGGCGCUUAUCUCCCCGACGAACUGCAGUCAUUAAUCAUUUCUUACCUCAAAGAGAAUGCCUCAACCUUUGCAUGGGUAACUUCUGAUAUGAAGGGUUUCGUCGCGGAAGUACGAUACCCGGAGUGGCUAGAAAACCCCGUGGUCAUUAAAAAGAAAAAUGGGAAAUGGCGCAUUUGUGUUGACUUUACGGAUUUGAACAAAGCAUGUCCAAAAGACAGUUACCCACUCCCGCAUAUCGACCGUCUGGUGGAGUCGACUGCCCGCAAUGAGCUCCAAACAUUUAUGGACGCUUUUUCCGGAUACAAUCAAAUCAUGAUGCAUACGGACGAUGGCGAGAAAACGGCGUUCAUAACAGACAGAGGGACGUAUUGCUACAAGAUCAUGCCUUUCGGCCUAAAGAACACAGAAGCGACUUACCAGCGUCUGGUCAAUAGAAUGUUUGCCGACAAACUCGGCAACACUAUGGAAGUUUACAUUGAUGAUAUGCUGGUGAAGUCACUUCGCACCAAGGACCAUCUCAACCAUUUACGAGACUGCUUCAAAACGCUGAACGAAUACGGAAUGGAGCUCAACCCGGUGAAAUGA